AUGCUCCGAACACUCACGUGUGGAGCGGCCGGGCUACGCCAGGACCUGCGGGCAAAGGUCACAGAUGGGUGCCACCUUCGACGGAUCCGCACCCCGGGGCUCAGCUGCGCCUCCAGCAGCCGCGCCUCCAUUGGGGACCGGGACGGCGCCCGGCCACGCAGGGAAGAAGGAGCGGGCGGGCACAGCCGCUCGUUGAGUCGUAGCCAGCCUUACUCGGUUCGGUACGCGGUGCGGCUGCGCAGUAAAACUCCGAGUGCUGAUUGGCCCGCGGGCCGAGGGUUAGGGUUAGCUCUGUCGUCCAAGCGCGCGCUCGCUGUCGGGACCGAGUUUUCUCCCCUUCCUUUGGUAGGAGAUGACCAAGACAGCGAGAAAUCAAAGCCAGCAGGCUCAGAUGGUGAGCGGCGAGGGGUAAAGCGACAGCGGGAUGAGAAAGAUGAACAUGGCCGUGCGUACUACGAGUUCCGAGAGGAGGCUCACCACAGCCGCUCCAAGUCUCCACCACCUCCUGAAGAGGAGGCAAAGGAGGAGGAGGAGGAUCAGACUCUUGUGAACCUGGACACGUAUACCUCGGAUCUUCACUUCCAAGUGAGCAAAGACCGCUAUGGAGGGCAGCCACUCUUCUCAGAGAAGUUCCCCACCCUCUGGUCUGGGUCGAGGAGCACUUACGGAGUAACAAAGGGAAAGGUCUGCUUUGAGGCCAAGGUGACCCAGAAUCUCCCAAUGAAAGAAGGCUGCACAGAGGUUUCUGUCCUCCGAGUUGGGUGGUCUGUUGAUUUUUCUGGUCCUCAGCUGGGUGAGGAUGAAUUCUCUUAUGGCUUUGAUGGACGAGGACUCAAGGCAGAGAACAGCCAGUUUGAGGAGUUUGGCCAGACUUUUGGAGAGAAUGAUGUCAUUGGCUGCUUUGCUAAUUUUGAGACUGAAGAAAUAGAACUUUCCUUCUCCAAGAAUGGAGAAGAUCUAGGUGUGGCAUUCCGGAUCAACAAGGACUCCCUGGUGGAUCGCGCCCUCCUACCCCAUGUCCUCUGCAAAAAUUGUGUUGUAGAAUUAAACUUUGGUCAGAAGGAGGAGCCCUUCUUCCCACCCCCCGAAGAGUUUGUGUUCAUCCAUACUGUGCCUGUUGAGGAGCUUGUGCGCACUGCAGUCCCGCCUAAGACCAUAGAGGAGUGUGAGGUGAUUUUGAUGGUGGGGCUACCUGGAUCUGGAAAGACCCAGUGGGCACUAAAAUAUGCAAAAGAAAACCCUGAGAAAAGAUACAACGUCCUGGGAGCUGAGACUGUACUCAGUCAGAUGAGAAUGAAGGGGCUUGAAGAGCCAGAGAUGGACCCCAAAAGCCGUGACCUUUUAGUUCAGCAAGCUUCCCAGUGCCUUAGUAAGCUGGUCCAGAUUGCGUCUCGGACAAAGAGGAACUUUAUUCUUGAUCAGUGUAACGUGUACAACUCUGGCCAACGGCGGAAGCUAUUAUUGUUCAAGACUUUCUCCCGGAAGGUGGUGGUGAUUGUCCCUAAUGAGGAAGAUUGGAAGAAGAGGCUGGAGUUGAGGAAGGAGGUUGAGGGAGACGAUGUGCCUGAGUCCAUAAUGCUAGAGAUGAAAGCCAAUUUCUCUCUGCCCGAAAAGUGCGACUAUAUGGAUGAGGUGACAUACGGGGAGCUGGAGAAGGAGGAAGCUCAGCCCAUUGUUACCAAGUACAAGGAGGAGGCCAGGAAGUUGCUGCCCCCGUCUGAGAAGCGCACAAACCGCCGGAACAACCGGAACAAGCGCAACCGGCAGAACCGAAGCCGGGGCCAAGGCUACGUGGGCGGGCAGCGCCGAGGCUACGACAACCGGGCCUACGGGCAGCAGUACUGGGGGCAGUCUGGAAACAGAGGGGGUUACCGUAACUUCUACGACCGCUACCGAGGAGACUACGACCGGUUCUAUGGGCGAGACUACGAGUACAACAGAUAUAGAGACUAUUACAGACAGUACAAUCGGGACUGGCAGAAUUACUACUACCACCACCCACAGGACAGAGACCGGUACUACAGGAACUACUACGGUUACCAAGGGUAUCGGUGAAGCCCCUGUGUGGUCACCUGUCAGCCACGAAGCUGGAUCUCUGGGGGUGCGAGGCACCCCCCAAAACACAACC